AUGUUUCAAUACUUUCAAAACAAAAUCUGGUCACCUCAAACCUCCCCCAAACUUCAACCUGAGGACGCACCAAUAGAUGUCUAUCAGGACGAAAGCGACAUACCAUAUCUUGCCGAGGUGGACCAAGGCGGAACGGUGUAUCGCGCAAUGCCCGUAGAUCCGUACACACAGGAUGAACAACUUCCAAAGGAGGUGCAAUUUAAUCUGGACGGUGAAAAUCAAGAUAAAGUCGUAUUGGUACCGGGUGGCAAAACUUGGACCAUAGUGGAUUAUUGGAGCGAUGUCAGGGACGUGAUCGAAGAUCCUCUUGUCGUUAGUCCCAGUUCAUUUGGUUCUGUCCACGAUCGUGCAGUGGAAAUUUUUUACCAAAUCAAGGGUGGUCAGGUGGACUACGGAUCCGACCAUUCUCAUCAAUUUGGUCAUAAGCAGCUGGGCGUCACAUAUGAGGGUUUAAUUCCGGACUGGAGUCCUGAAAAUCCGAUAGUCCUGAUCGGCAAGGGAUAUGGUGCAACGACGAUUCUUCAUCUCCAACAUCUCCUCUCGACAAACUUCUUCGGUCAACAGACCUCCGGUAAAAUGAUCAAAGGUGUGAUCUGCCUAUCGGCUCCCCAUCGUGGUUCCACACUUCCAUACUACCUCGGCUUUGAAUCCGGUUCAAAACGCAUCGUCCAUCCACUAUCACUUCUUCAAUUAUUAUUGUCGCUCAUUCACCUCAUCUGCUAUUUUGCGUGCCUCUCGCGGCUAUUCGAUUUCCAAUUGAGGGAUCAAUGGAACCUUUCAUCCAAGUCCGAGGGCGGUGAACAAUCAUUGUGGAGUGCCAUAACAGCUCGUAGUAAGUUCUCUCGUCUCGGAGAUAAUUUCCUGUUAGAUUGGUCGGCGGAGGGAGCUCGAAAACGAUACGCCGGCGACGUUAGGCAUCAGUUGGACGGUCAUUGCUUCUACAUCAAUUACAUAACAACAGGAUAUUCAUGGAUAUCAAGAAUAACGGGUCACUACUGGCCAAGAUUGUCAUGGGAAAACUUAUCAACCGCUUUUCUCUCCGCCCGUCUUGGUCAACUGAAACUGGAUGAACAAGUCCUGCGAACCUCCUCAUCAAAUUUCUGGCAGAACGACGGUGUCCUACCUGUUUACAGUCAACUUCCCCCCCCUCAUCAACAUGUGCUCAUGAACAUUUCGCUAGAUGAUGAAACCUACGAUCCCGUGAAACGUGAACUCCAGCCCGGGGUUUGGUACAAUGUUUACGUCGAGGACCGAAAGAAAACCCUUCUGUUCAACAACGAUCCAUUUUUAACCUCCCUCCCUUUGAUCGAGGAUAUAUUAAAAUUGUCUUGCGUUAAGAGGGUAAACGAAUUCCUUUCUGCAAACACCGAAAAUUUUGAAUAUUAUUACAUCCGUGGCGUUGAAACUUCGGAACGUUUGAUGAUGAUGAUAAUGAACAAAUUAUUUGUCCAUGGGGCAGGGGACAUCAACAAGCACCUAGCGGAGAUGACAUAUUUCUCAUCGAAAUCCGCAUCGCCAUCAUCGUCAUCAUAUAUUUCCCAACGUGUUGUUAAACGAUCGAGCGACAAGGCAGGCCUGGAGUGGAUUAACAAGAUCGAAACCAUUGAACUAAUGAACAGCCCGACGAGAUUAAUCUACUGGAUGAAUCAGAUGCAAAAGAUGCGGACAAACUCGGAGGAUGCUGAUGUCGACGAGAAGAAUGGUGGAACUUUAUUCUCGUCGUCGUCGACCAUGCAAGGUUCCAUGUUCUUACAUAGCCGACGUAAAAUGACCACCGAUGAUUAUAAGGCUACAAUGAUUCCUACAGAAAAAAGAUAUAUAAGUUGA